GUAAACGUAAUACGCAGAACAUGAACUGAAGAGGCGUUUGCUGUACCUUUGUCCAAGCUAUUCAAACGCGAAAAUCCAAUAAAUGGACCGGGGGUCGAAGAGACGACAGGUGAAGCCUUUGGCUGACUCUCUGCUGGAUGCUCUGGACUAUGACAGCUCAGAUGACAGCGAUUUUGAACUAGGAGAUGCAUCAGAUUCAGAGGGCACCGGCAAUGGGAGUGAUGAGGAGGGCUCAAAGGACAGUGCUGCAGGGUCUGAGAGCUACUCAGAUGCCAUUGGCUCAGCCGACGAAGAGGGCAUAGAUGAGGAAGAGACCAAAGGUUUAAAUGAAGACACUGAAGAUGAGGAGAAAGCCAAGGAACAGUCUUUCUCAGAGGAGAUCAGCAGCAAAGAAGCCGUGGGAACGUCUAGGAACCGCAAGAAAGGAGAGAAAGCUUUGGACACUGAACCAGACGGGAGUGGUAUGUCCGAGGAGGGCCCUGCAGAGCCUAAAAAAUGGAACCUACGUCGAAACCGGCCAAUGCUGGACUUCACUACGAUGGAAGAGCUAAAUGAAAUGGACGAUUACGACAGUGAGGAUGAUAAUGACUGGAGGCCCACUGGAAAAAAGAAAGGCAAGGCAUCUGGUAAGGAGAAAGAAGGGAGUGAGCAAGAGGAGGAUGGGGGUAGUGAUGAAGACGACAAUGAGGAUGAUGAGAACGAGACCAGUAGUAGUGAUGAUAGUGAGAAAGAAGAAAAGAAGCCAAAGAGGAAAGCAGGCAAGAACACAGGUGCGUUUGAUGAAGAGGAGACCAACGACAGCCACAGCACAUCCCACGGGAAGGGCAAUGAGGACUCUCUGUUGGAGCGGCCCCAGACGUGGAGCUCCCAGAGGAUGGAGCACAUCCUUAUCUGCUGCGUGUGUCUGGGAGACAACAGCGAAGAUGCGGAUGAGAUCAUCCAGUGUGACAACUGUGGCGUGACCGUGCAUGAAGGUUGCUAUGGUGUUGAUGGUGAAAGUGACUCAAUCAUGAGCUCUGCCUCAGAGAAUUCAACAGAACCAUGGUUCUGUGAUGCUUGCAAGAAUGGCGUCACACCCAGCUGUGAACUUUGCCCGAGUCAGGAUGGAAUCUUCAAGGAAACUGAUGCUGGGAGGUGGGUGCACGUGGUGUGUGCCCUUUACGUUCCAGGGGUCGCUUUCGGAGAUAUCGACAAACUGCGGCCAGUAACACUCACAGAAAUGAACUACUCAAAGUACGGAGCCAAGGAGUGCAGUUUGUGUGAAGACGUACGUUUUGCCCGCACAGGCGUCUGCAUCAGCUGUGAUGCUGGAAUGUGUCGCUCGUUUUUCCAUGUGACGUGUGCUCAGAGGGAAGGGUUGCUCUCUGAGGCUGCUGCUGAAGAGGACAUUGCCGAUCCUUUCUUUGCUUACUGCAAGCAGCAUGCAGACCGUUUUGACAGGAAAUGGAAAAGGAAAAACUACCUGGCCCUGCAGUCCUACUGCAAAGUGUCCUUGCAAGAGAGAGAGAAGCAGCUCACACCUGAAGCUCAGGCUCGAAUCACCACACGACUCCAGCAGUACAGGGCGAAGGCAGAGCUGUCUCGAAACACUCGACCGCAGGCAUGGGUGCCCCGAGAGAAGCUUCCCCGUCCACUCACUUCCAGUGCUUCAGCCAUUCGUAAGCUCAUGCGUAAAGCCGAGCUCAUGGGUAUCAGCACAGACAUCUUCCCUGUGGACACGUCUGAUACCAGCGCAAGCAUGGAUGGUCGCCGUAAACAUAAACAACCCGCCCUCACUGCAGACUUUGUUAACUACUACCUGGAGCGGAACAUGAGGAUGAUUCAGAUCCAAGACAACAUUGUGGAACAGAAGAACCUCAAAGACAAGCUGGAGAGUGAGCAGGAGAAGCUGCAUAUGGAGUAUGAUAAGCUGUGUGAGUCUCUGGAGGACCUGCAGAAUGUCAAUGGCCAGCUGAGGACCGAGGGCCAAGCCAUAUGGAGCAUGAUGGGGGGGAUCCUUGGACAGAAAUUGAACUCUCCUGCAGUUCUGAAGACUCCCAAAGAGAGAAAGCCAAGCAAGAAGGAGGGAGGAUCACCAGCGAAGUCGUCCAACCUCCCAGCUGUGCUCUACAGCUGUGGGAUAUGUAAGAAAAACCAAGACCAGCACCUUUUACUGCUGUGUGAUACCUGUAAACUGCACUACCACCUGGGCUGCCUGGAUCCACCUCUCACACGCAUGCCAAAGAAGACCAAAAACAGCUACUGGCAAUGCUCUGAGUGCGACCAGGCCAGCAGUGACGAGGCGGACAUCGCAAUGGAGACCCUACCGGAUGGAACCAAAAGGUCCAGGAGGCAGAUCAAGGGACCAAUCAAAUUCAUCCCUCAAGAAAUGAGCCCUGAGCCCAAAAAGCUCCAAGUGAGAGGGACUAGGACCAGAGGACAAAAAAGGAAGAGAACGUCCAUCUGCGAGGAGGAGAAGAUUGAGGAACCGUCGCCGCGGGAGCGCAGACAGAGGCAGUCUACUCUGCAGAAAAGGCCCAAAGCUGAUGACUCGCGGACCGAGUGCACCACCUGCAAGGGCCCGGGUGACAAUGAAAACCUAGUGAGGUUGUGAGAGCCGGGCACCACCUCCUCCCCCCUUCCCUAGAAAAGGACAGAUGAGAGAGAGACAGGGAGAGAAAGAGAGGGAGAUGCAAAUUAACUCGUUUGAAGAGCGGCGUUUCGGGUCGAGGAGGAGUCGCAGAUGGCCACCUCUGACCGCCACCUUCGACCGUCCUCUGCCCAAAGCGGACCGUACAAAGGACUUGAUCAUGGUUAAACGAUGGUCCGACUAUCAUAUAUGGACUAACUUAAAAACAAUGACCAGCUUCAGUUUGCGUUUGCAUUAAGGGGAAGAUCAUCCCUGAUUGGACAUUAUAAAUGGACUUUAAACGGACAUUAUGAGAGGAUACUCAGUUAGCCAGUUUGGAGGCACAUACUCACCUAUAGGGCCGUCAUACAGUUCUUUCUGAAUACAUGAACAGUGACACUGGUGUGGGGAUCACAUACUCUACUCUUGUGCUGUGGAUUAAGCCGGGUCUCAGAUUUUUGGCCUUUUCACCAUUUUAGCAAACUGUAAUCUGGCCCAAUUCCUCUCUGGGCCUCCUGGACUUGCAUUCUGCUUUGCGAGUCUUUUUCCUCUGUCUCUUUCUGAAAGCUAAUUGUGUCUUCUGUCUUAAUUACUUUUUAUUAUUAAUGCUCUUAAUUGUCUUAAUAUUUUUGUUUCUUUACUUUGCUGUCUUUUGUUUGUGCUGUAUGAAUUAUAUGGUUAAAAGUGAUUAGACAGUAGAAAUUAGAAUCAGUAGGAUCCUUUUUUUUUUAAGGACUGGACAUUUUUACUAGUUGUGCGUAAUGUAGCUCAGUAUAGCUCAAUAUGGUAAUAUCUGUACUGUAAUUCUUACUGUAGCAUCAUAUGAAUUAUAGGGUGAAUCUCUCAAAAGCAUGUCCGGGUAAUACCCCCAAAUCAAAAGAAAAAUAAAAAAAUUAUGUUUUGCAUAAAUGAAAAGAAAAUGAAGCCUAUUUUAGGACCAUUUAAUUAUUUAUUUUUUUGCAUUGUGACUUAAUUAACAUGACAAUUAAGCACAUUUUCUUUACCGGAAUGAUUCAGAACUUUUUACUUUUUCAGUCUGUGUAAUUCUCAUUAUUCCCAAUGAUAACUCUCAUUUAAUUAUCUCUACUGUAAUAACAUUUGUAAAAACUGUAAAAGAACAGUAAAAGUAUUGUAAAACAAUGUUUUUAUUCAAAUGUACAUAAAUGAAAGGCAGUAAAACAAAUACUACCAUGAUGUAUUGAUACUAAAAAAUGUAAUAACAUUGUUAGUAUUAUUAUUAUUUUAGAUAUAUUUUUAUUAUUAUUAUUUCUCUAAUGAAAAGAUAAGGUAAAAUUUUCUCAGCUGUCAUGUAAAUAAUGUCACAUUGCAAAAAAUCUUAGCGAUACUAAAAGUAGGCCUUAUUUAUAUAUAUAAUUAUAUAUAUAUAAUGUGUAUAUAUAUAUAUAUAUAUAUAUAUAUAUAUAUAUAUAUAUAUAUUUCUUAUUUUUUUUCUUUCUAAUUUUGGGGUGAAAUACAGCCCAGACAUGUUCUUGAGAUUUAUCCAGUAAGGCAAAUUUUAGAAUGCUAAAAGUCUAAAGUUAAUCAAUUGUGAAAAUAGGCUGUGUUGGUAUUUUGGUUUGACCGUAAUCAUAUGCUUUGCAGUGGUGAAAAGAUAUCCUAACACACUCUGGAAACUCCUCAUAGCAUCUGAACCCCAACCCUCCUACCCAUUUCCUCGUACAACAGUGUAUUACACUAUUGACAGCCUAGCUGCCUAAUUCUGUGGCAGGAUGGCUGACAGAUGACAUCUGAUGCCCCAAACUUCCCAUUCUGAUGGUACCCUGUGACUACUAUCUUCAUGCCAUGGGGAACAGCUUUUCCCCUCAUGGCCUCUCAAACUGCUUACUCACACUGGCGCAGACACAACACUUCCUUCACUGGGAUUUACACAUGUCUCCGUCUCUGGAUGACUUCUGCUGCCCUUUAACCUCUUGCCCUCCCUGUAUCUUCAGCCAGAGCUUUAUCUGUCUUUUCUACAGCGGUCCUACCUAGCUCACAGAAUAUUGUAUGUGUGUAAGUGUUUGUUGGGGCACAUACUGCAUCUGCUUUGCCGAGAUAAUGCUGCAAGAUGGAGCCUGUUAGAUUACAGGUUGCCUGUUAAGUCAUGUGAUGUAAGCUUACCGAAAUAUUGAGCCUUUUUAUUUUAUUUUUAUUUGUAUGUGUUUCUGGCAUAAGCCAUGCUGCCAUUUUUGUUCCAAAUGGUUUGGAAUGGAAAAGUUCAUUUGGACUUGAAUAUUUUGAAUUUGAACUCAUUAUGAUUAUUUUUUUGAUUAUUUAUUUAAUGUAAAUAUGUGACAAUUCAAUUAAUUUUUUAGAUGUGCAUCAUUUUUAAUGUUUAAAUGUGAUUUGAGCUGAGAUAAUGGCAUUGCAUUUGUGAGAGUUUAUGUCCUGUGAAUAUGCAGUAUGUUCGUUGCCAUGCAUCUUUCAAGAGGCAUUUGCAUCAUGCAAGCCUUAAUAAACUUUUGACUUUUUCACCUCAUUGCCAGCAUGAUGAAUGAGUCUCAGUUGAGCUAGUUAAUGGAUCGUGCAGGUUGGAGCAAGAGUCCAAAAGCUGUGCUGUCUCGUUUAUCACCAGGGAUGCACCAGCGUCCGACUCCGCAAGCCAUAGCCAGCCACAUUCUAGUCUCGCAGAGGCAGACUUUAGAGUAAUGGCAUAAAGUCUGAUGCACUUGGCAGCUUAUUCUUUCCAAGAACGACCCACUUAGACAGGGAAGACCAUCGGGCCAACACGUAAAGCGAGCAAGCACAGUUCAUUUUGUUUUUUUAUGUGCCAUUUAGGGAAUAUAAACCUGAAAUUAAUGAUACCACAAUAAUAGGCCGACGUGCAAUAAAGUGUAAGCUCAUUCAAAUUAUGGAUGCCACAGUC